AUGAGUGGACAAGCCUUCGAUGCGAUGUGGACCGCUCCGCCGCCGCCUUCCUACAUCGACACCGUUUACAUCAACCCACAAGACUACGUUGUACUGGCCACGAGCAGCGGCGACGAGGCGUUUGUGCACCGGGAUUGCCUGAUGGAGUCACCUGUGCUGCGACUUGCCUUUCGAAAGCGCGUUUUCCUCUCUACGGAGCAUGUGGUGGUGACUUUUGUGAAAGAGGAGGCGCUAGCCAGCGCUGGUGCGGUGUCGUCGAGCACGAAUGCAGUGGAUGGGUCCCUCGCAUCUGGGCAGUGUCUCGCAGCAGAGGCAGCGACAGCCGCUGGCGACGAAGAGGGAAGGCGCAAGGAGACUGAGGACAACUGCGUGCCGCAAGGCGCCAGUGCAGCUCAAGUAGAGAUGAAGAGUGGGUAUGCAAUGGCGCCGGAGCCGCAGUACCCCGUCACCCUCAGGGAAACGCUUCGGACCGACAACUCGGUGCGUGUCGUGUUUCCGCGUCUCGACGGUGAUCAGCUAAACACUCUUGUGUCGUACCUCUACUUCAAGCACCACUACAACCGUCACCCGUCGGAGGAGCGGCCGGUAUUCGAGGUGCCCGCCACAGCGGCGCAAGAGGUAAUGCGUGUUGCACAGACUCUGGAGUGUUAA